CCGUAGAUAGAGGGUAAGAUAUUAAUGCUACUCGCGCCAUACUUUCGUUUCUGAUGCUACUAUGUUGGGUGUCUCUCGCACUAUUUUCUCCCACCACUUGCGAGACUGUAACUGCUAUCUCAACCACCACUACCAUCAUCAACAAUACAAGAAUUGCAGUAAGAAGAAGCCUCGUCACCAAUUUUGUUUUACAGCCAAGCAACUCCAUCACCCUUUAAUUGUAAGACCAUCUACCGCUACUUUAGCUGCCAUGUCCUUUUCUACAGAAAGGUUCAGAUUUCUGUUGAACAACGAUGAUUGUAGAAGGGAUAAUGGUUUGAGAGACCCUUAUGUUAAUUGUAUUCAGCCCACCAAAAGUCCGCCUCUUCCAGGUUGUUUAAGCCAAAAUGAAGAUUGUCAAGAGUCUCCACCUGAAAAAUUGUCACCAAUAGCAGGUGGGAUAGUUGCUUUAGGAAAAUUUGAUGCUCUUCACAUUGGUCACCGAGAACUUGCAAUCCAAGCAUCAAAAGUUGGGAUACCUUUUCUUCUUUCAUUCGUUGGAAUGGCAGAAGUUCUUGGGUGGGAACCUAGGGCUCCAAUUGUUGCCAAAUGUGACCGGAAAAGGGUUCUAUCCUCGUGGGCACCAAACUGUGGCAAUUUGACACCCAGGGAAUUUCACAUUGAAUUCUCGAAAGUCAGGUAUCUCACUCCACGGCAAUUUGUUGAGAAGCUCUCUUUGGAGCUUGGAGUACGUGGUGUUGUGGCAGGCGAAAACUAUCGGUUUGGAUAUAAGGCUGCUGGUGAUGCGUCAGAUCUCGUUAGAUUGUGUGAGGAAUAUGGUCUGGGAGCAUACAUUAUUAGUUCAGUCAUGGACAAAAAACAAGACUCCAAAGAGAUCAAUGCUAGUGAUUCAAUGGAGCGAGGCCAAGUCUCGUCAACUCGUGUCCGUCAUGCUCUUGCCAAGGGGGACAUGAACUAUGCAUCGGAGCUUUUGGGCCGUCAUCAUCGUCUCAUGUUGAUGAUGGAAGAGAACGACGGGUUUGCUACUGAUAAUAGGGUGUCAGCUCCAAAAUCUUGUUUAUUAAAUCUUCCACCUGUAGAAGGUUCUUAUGAGAACUGUUAUCUUUCGAUUGGUGACGAGAAUGUUGUACCGUGCAGAGUAAUGAUUGAUACAACUCAUAUUCAUUUGGAAUUGGAUGUGUUAGCCACUUGUAUUCCCUUAACUUCUCAAGACUUCCGAUUACUAGGCAUCGACUUUGCUGGGUCAGGAACAUUUUAAUACAAAUGGUUUACAAUUUUUUCAGGA